UUUCCUUGUUUGGAUUGGAUAGAAUCAUUGAAUUUCCACGUCACCUCUCUCACUUGCCUUCUAUAUAUAUCUUGCAUUACUGUCUCAUUUAUUUCAUCAUUAUCCAUCUUCAAAGGCUAUAUAUUUCUCACCAAAUCUCAUUCUCCAUCUGCAUCUUCUUUUUUGGUUUCUUAUUCUUGCUAAUUGUUCUAUAUUAUAAUCAAUCAAAGAGUGGAAGCAAACUUUUUGAGUCAAAGGAAAAAAAUGUUGGGAAUUUUCAAGGAGAAGUUGGUUAAUGCACCAGAGGAGCUUAACAGUCCAGCUUCUUUGAAUUCAAACACUAAGGCUAAACAAAGUCAUGAAAUCCUUAGAGAUUUCAUGUCCUGCAAUUCCUCCAAUGCAUUUUUCAUGACUUUUGGAAAUGAUGCUUUAUUGGCUUAUUCCCCUUCAAACAAGCCCUCCAUUUAUCAAAGGUUGUUCAGUGGUUUGGACAACAUAUAUUGUGCUUUCAUGGGUAACCUGCAUAACCUUAGUAAGCUGAACAAACAAUAUGGGCUAUCAAAGGGAAGCAAUGAGGCCAUCUUUAUCAUCGAAGCGUAUCGGACACUUCGCGACAGGGGUCCAUACCCAGCUGAUCAAGUCCUCAAAGAACUUGAAGGAAGUUUUGGAUUUGUGAUCUAUGACCACAAAGAUGGAACUGUUUUUGCUGCAUCUGGUUCUGAUGGGCAAAUUGGACUCUUUUGGGGUAUUGCAUCUGAUGGUUCAGUGGUUAUUUCUGAAAACUUGGAGCUUAUUAAAGCAAGCUGUGCUAAAUCAUUUGCACCAUUUCCAACUGGGUGUAUGUUUCAUAGUGAUCAUGGUUUAUUAAGCUUUGAGCAUCCAACCAAGAAGAUGAAAGCAAUGCCUAGAAUUGACAGUGAAGGUGUUAUGUGUGGAGCCAACUUCAAUGUUGAUUCUCAAUCAAGGAACUCAAUGAUGCCACGUGUUGGAAGUGAAGCUAAUUGGGCUACUUGGGGCUAGACACUAUAAUAAUAGUCUAAGCCUUUUGGGAUUCUGCUUUGUUCUUCUUGUUUUGGUUUAAUUGUUGUGUAGAUAUUUGUGCUUUAUUGUUGAGCAUGACUGAUAAUUUCCAAUAUGAAUAACAAGUUAAUAGUUUUGACUUUAUAUGAA